UUUAAAAUUAACUUUUAAGUUUAGUUCUUAUAUAUCUUAUAUUAACUUAAAUAUUGUUAAAUCUUGGGACUUUUGACAUUUCAAAUGAAAUGUAGCAGUGUCUAUUGUGCGUGUGUUGAAAAUGUUGAAGAUUCGUCUUAUGAGUAGGAAUCGGACGAUUCUAGGAUCAGACGUUUAGGGGUGCUCAGCCCCUAAUGAGAAUGUAGCAUGCAUACAAUGACUUUCAAAAGUAUUCACUAAUUGGUGGAGAGUAUAAGUAGGCCUACUAGAGAGGAGCUGGUGCAGAGCAGAGCGGGAGCUUGGACGGUUAGGACCAGAGCAUGUUUGUGACUGUGUUCCUGCUUCUGGUCACUCUGUGUGCCCAGGGAGGAAAUGGCGAGGAGAGAGAGGAGGCGCAGAGACCCGGCCAUGUGUCGGUGGUGAUAGUGGGAGGCACAGGUGACCUGGCAAAGAAGUACCUGUGGCAGGGCUUCUUCCAGCUGUACGUUAACCAGGUCAGCAGUGGAAACACCUUUUCCUUCUACGGCGGAGGACUGUCACCUGCUGACCAGGCCACAUCGGUCCUCUUUGAGAUCCUGAAGGCGGUGUCCUGCUCGAAAGAUGUAUCGCAAGAGCGCUGUGCUCUGCUGAAAGAGCAGUUCAUCAGGCUCUCAAAGUAUAAGCAGCUUAAGACCUUAGAGGACUACCAGGAUCUGGACAAGCACAUAGAGCAGGAGCUUCAACAAGAGGGAAUACUAGAGGCAGGAAGACUCUUCUACCUCUCAGUACCAGCCUUUGCAUAUGCAGAUAUUGCUGAUAAGAUCAAUAGUAGUUGCAGGCCAACCAGCAGGGCCUGGCUGAGGGUGGUGCUAGAAAAACCUUUCGGACAUGACUACAGGAGUGCUCAGGUACUUGCAACUCAGCUCGGGAGCUCCUUGAAAGAUGAAGAAAUGUACAGAAUUGACCAUUACCUGGGAAAGCAGGUGGUUGCAAAGAUACUUCCAUUCAGAAAAGAGAACAACAAGUUUCUGGAUCCCAUCUGGAACAAGCACCACAUCGAGAGAGUGGAAAUUGUAUUGAAAGAGACCCUGAAUGUUAAAGGUCGUAUUCCCUUCUAUGACCAAUACGGGGUGGUCAGAGAUGUGCUACAGAACCACCUGACUGAGGUCAUGACCCUGUUGACUGCGAGGCUUCCCAUGAAUCUGAGCAGCAGUGAGGAAGUCCUCCGAAACAAGUUGCAGAUCUUCCGCUCCCUGUUGCCUCUAGGGAAAAAUCAAGCUGUGAUUGGCCAGUAUCAAACAUACAAAACAGAGGUUCAGCAGGAGCUGAAUAAGACAAAAGAUCACGUCAGUGUCACACCAACAUUUGCGGCUGUAUUGGCAUACAUCGAUGAGGCCCAGUACGAAGGUGUGCCAAUUCUAUUGAUCUCAGGGAAGAUGUUAGAUGAACGUGUGGGAUAUGCUCGCAUACUUUUCAAGAAUGACAUGUUUUGCCUUCAGAACCACAACAGCAUUCACUGCAAGCCCAAACAGAUUGUUUUCCACUUUGGGCAUGGCAGCCUUCAAUAUCCAGCUGUUCUCGUUAGUAAGAAUUUAUUCAAGCCAGUUUUAAUGGACAGCGAGUGGAAGGAAGUGACAGAGCAUACAGAUGUCAAUGUUCUGGGUUUGCAUAUUUCAGACUACUAUGUGCAAACUCCGACAGAGCCGAGGGAAGCCUAUUCAGAACUUAUUUCUCACAUUUUUGCUGGACGCAAGAAUAGUUUCAUUAGUACUGAAAAUCUGCUGGCUUCCUGGGGCCUAUGGACACCACUACUCAAUAGCCUCGCCAGCUCUUUUCCCCGCAUCUACCCAGGAGGUUCCGACAAUGGAGACCUGCUGGACGUCCGUGUGAGAGGGAAAGACAUCAGCUACAACAGUGAGGUGGUGAUAAUCAGCAAUGACCAGAUGGGUGGCGCGUCUGCAAAAGAUUUCCAAGUGAUGCAAGGCAAAUUUCGUAGUGCUGAUAUGGUGUCUGCCUGGGCAGAGGAGCUAGUGGAGAGGCUUGCUGCAGACAUGCAGGAAGCAGCAGAGGCAGCAGUGCGCGAGGGUGGCGUUUUCCAUCUUGCCCUCUCUGGCGGCUCCACUCCCCUCGCUCUGUUCCAUCGGUUAGCCCUGCACCACUUCUCCUUCCCCUGGAAGGAGACCCAUGUGUGGAUGGUGGAUGAGCGCUGCGUGCCUCUGACUGAGCUGGAGUCUAACUUCCGCAGUCUGCAUGACCAUCUACUGCAACAUGUGAGGAUACCCUAUUACAACAUCCACCCCAUGCCCGUGCAGCUCAACCAGCGUCUGUGUGUGGAGGAGGACGGAGGAGCGCUGCUUUAUGAGCAAGAGGUCAGCAAGCUGGUUAAUGGCUCCAGCUUCCACUUUGUACUGCUGGGAGUCGGCUACGACGCCCACACAGCCUCCCUGUUCCCUGGUAGCAAAGUGGAUGAACUUGGGGAGAGUCUGGUGGCCCUCACUGAGAGCCCCAUCAAGCCUCACCAGCGGAUGAGCCUCACUUUCAGUGCCAUUAACAGAGCCCACAGGGUUGCUCUUUUAGUUAUGGGCAAAGGGAAGCAUGAGCUGAUCACCCAGCUGAGCCGAGUGAAGGACAACCCAGACAAAUGGCCUGUCACCGGGGUGAAGCCUGCUAAUGGCAGACUUGUUUGGUAUAUAGAUUAUGAUGCACUUUUAGGAUAGGAAUUACAUUCCCAACUUUUAGUUAGACAGAGCUGAUUUAAUUAAACAGCUGGUUGGUGGAAGUGAAUGUAUGAGCCAGCAAAUACAAAGGGCAAUUUUGGUAUUUUUAACCUUGGGCCCAAUUUUCACAUAUUUCAGUGUCAAAAUGACUAUUGGGUACAAAACGUUGUGUGCAGUAGAUGUCUUCAGCCGUCAGAUGCAAUCUGGAUCUGUCAAAAUUACGUCCACAAAUAGGGGUGCUGCUUUUUGCCACCGACAAGCUCGGACUGUUAUAUGAUGUGUCGAACAACAUCAUGGAAAGGAUCCCUAAGAGUGACUCCCAGUGACAUCCUUUGUUUUUAACACAAAAUUGAAGUUUCACUCAAGGACAGUUCUCACUCUGAAAUCUUGUGAGGAGCGAGUUGUUGCAGGAAGACGACGGUGGAAAGAUGAGACACAGUUUGAGAGAGGAGUUUGUUGCUUUGUAGUAACGUUAGGAUAUAGUCUUGCUAGCAGCUCCUCUAUGUACAGUACACAACAAACUCCUCUAACUCGUUUCCAUCUGCGUUGCAACAACUCGCCUUUUACGAAAUUUCAGAGCAAGAUUCCAAAACAUUUUGUACCUACUAGUUAUUUCAACCAAAAUAUGUAAAAAUAGGGCCCAGGUUCAAAAAUACCAAAAUUAUCCUUUAAAGAACUAGUGGUAUUACAUGUUUUAGCUUAUUAAAAACGAAUCACACGUACUGAACAAUUAUACUUUUUUUUUUUUUACUUUGAUCAAAAUAAGAAAUCCAUUACAGAUAUCAUAGCAGUGCAAAAAAUUUACAGAAAGCUGUUUUAAAAAAAAGUCCCGUGUUGGUGGAUUCACAUGCACAUGGGAAAACAUACAAUUGACACUGGGAAAAAUACAUUGUGAAGUUCAUAGUGUCUUACAUUAAAAGGACUGCUGUUCAGCUGCUUGAAUGGUGUGGUGUUGGAGUUUUCCAUCACAUGAAUGCACCAGCAAGAAAGAGUUGCAGCUAAAUUGCAAUUUAGCAAUAACAUAACUUGGUAAAAGUUGGUAUUUUUGCCCCAUGUUUUUGUGUCUAUGUGACUAAUUGGAACAUUGUCUGAAAUUGGUCCAGUAGUGAACGAGCACACUGCAAAUAGGCAACAGUGAAACAGGGCUUCACUGGGCAAUGGCGCCCCGACAGGCUCAGAUUGUUAUUGUAGUGUCUGACAAGAUUAUAGCAUGGACUCCUAUGGAGAUAUACCUUUUUGUUUAAUCAGAAACAGUCGCUAUAUUGGUGUCAUCAAAGACACCAGACUCCCUUCACAAAAAACAUAAUUUUACCUCUCUGAUCCACCGCUGCCUCGAUCAGUUAAUUACUUUGUGUUAUUGUGUGACUUUGGUGUUUAUAAUAUCCCUUUAGAACACGAAGUCACAAAUUAACACAAACAAAAACAACAAAGUCAAACAAUAACACAAACAAACUCACUGACCAAGGCAGCAGUAGACCAGUAACUCCCAUGUUCUUUGUGGUAAAAUUACUGUUUUUGUGAAGGGAGAGUGGCAUAAUGACUGUUAGUAGUUUUUUUUUUUUUCUUACUCUUAAAAAAGUUCUAUCACUGUAGAUCCGUUUGACACUGUUGCUAGACACCUCUAAUAACAAUCUGAGCCUAUCAGUGGCAAAAACAAGCACUUGCGUGGGCGUACUUUGAUGGUGCGCAAUAGCCCGAAAGGAUUAUGUUGCAGCCCUGUUUUGCCUCUGCCAACUACAGCACACUCGCUCAACACUGGACCAAUUUCCAAGUUGAAAACUUUGCCUUUAAAAGCUAGGCUUCAGUCAAAAGCUUUGUUGGAGGAAUGUAAAGUACUGAGAUUUGUAGUUAAUGGGUUAAAAAUUGCUGGUACAGUCCUUUUUUAUUUAAAACUGCAAUCAAAUCUUUUUCUGUGUGCGAGUGUGUAGAGAGUGAAAUGAUUAUUCAGAUUUUUCUAAUUAUGUGUGAGAGGAGUGACAGAGUAUGUAGCUCUAUAUGAAAAUCUGAUGUUGUAAACAUCUGGAGCCGAAAGCCAAUUCCCACAAACACAAAGAUUUAUGUACUUAUAACCCAGGGUGUUUGUAUGAUCUCAGGUGAAUUUGUGAAUCUAAUCUACACUUCUUGAUUGUAUGUUUUCUUUUGUUGAGUGGCAGUGACCCACUUAAACUUUCAUCAGUGAGUAAAAAAAAAAGAGACUGAAAUGUGACUGUUCCCAUAAAUAAUAUAUUUUGUUUGUAUGUUAAUAAUAGAAAUACGACCAUUUUGUUCUUGAAAUGUUUCAGGUAAUUCAAAACAUUUGGUGCUUCACUAAUAAAAAAGCACAUUCCUCACCCGUAGA